AUGUCGGUCGCGGCGACGAACGGCAUCCACACGGUCAUCUUUCUGUCCUUUUCGCUCGCCCUUGGCUUCCUGCUGGUGAUUUUGUCGUGCGCGGUAUGGUCGAACUGGAUGCCGAUCUGGUCGGCCUUGUCGUUCGCGCUCGCCCCGACGCCGAAUGCGUGCUUUGGCCACCUGGCCGGGGCUGACAGCUUUUCCGACUACCAUGAUGCGUACCUGGACAUGGGCUACUUUCUCACGGGCGCGCUGCUCAUGACGGGCAUCGCCUUGCCGAUCGUGCUGGCGCACACGGGCAUCAUCACGGGCACAGCCGCUGUCCUGACGCUCUGUGGUGGCCUGCUGGUCUAUGGUACAAUGAUGGCCUAUGCCGCCUUCUUUCAUACCCCCGACGAGUACGAUGACCUGUAG